UUCUUUUUGGGAUGCUUUAUAUCUGUUCAGUACAAGGUCACUGUUAGGGAACAAUUUAUGUCUUUUAUAAUAAUAGUCACGUUGCUUUAAUAAGCGAUGUAAUCUUAUGUUAAACCAUGGUGCGCUAUUCUUCCGAAACCUGCUGACAUACGAUUUAUGAUAUAAACAGUUUAGAUAUGUUCGAAUUAUUUCAUCGCACAGCAGGUUAGGAUCAUUCCAUAAAACAUUAUUCAACUAUAUUAAGCCUCUUUGAAAUGCAGCUUUAUUUAGAUUGGUUAAAGUGUAAGUACGACUAUGAAGAUAGCCCUUUUUAUUUAGGUCCACACUCAAAAACUGCAGCCGAUGAUCAGACAAAGCACAAUCCGUCAACGAAAGUUUGUUGCUGUACUUUAGAUUAUUUGUUAUCACAUAGUCAAUCAAAGUACUAGUGUUGCUUAUCACUUUUGACGGAACAGUCUGAUUAAUAAUUGCAAAACCAUUGGAAUCCGUUGUGUGCUGAAGUAAAUCUCGAUGAAUGUUAUUAUUUAAGAAGUCGACAUUAAAGUCACCCAGUAUCCAUGAAGUUUUAUUUUUGCCAGAGAGGGUAUUAGCCUGCUCAUCCAGAAUCCCCAUGAAGGUGUUGUAAUCAAAGUGAGGCCUAUAGACAGCUCCAACAAUAAUAUCCACCUCCUCAACACAAACAAAGACCAUAGAACAAUCAGCUUCACAUUUCGCAAUUUCCUGAAAAGUAUAAACAUCUCUCAGUAAUAUUCCCACUCCACCGCCUCUUUUAUUUCUACUGACAUACACUGACUGAUAACCAUGGAAAUUAAAGUAAUUCUCUUCAUCUGAGGAAAGCCAGGACUCUGCAAUAACAACAGCAUCCGGAAGAUCCAAACUAUUAAACAAUGAUUCCAACUCACCCAUCUUGUUCCUCAUAGACCGAGCAUUGAUGUAAAGAAUAUUGAAAUGUGAUGUAGAAGUGUAUGAUAUAUUACUAGACUUAAGGUCAAAGUUAGCAACAAACUUAGCUUCCUGAUGUACCCCAGCCAUUGUUGAUGUAAUUACCCUAUCAAUAAGAAAAAAUGUAUUUCAAAUUCACUUAUGCAAAUCAUUAAUUAUAUCCUCAUUAUAAACACAUAUUGCUGGACAGUUGUCAUUCUUCUUUAUGAAGACCCUUCCAUUCUUAGACCAACAGUACUUGAAUUGUUUUUCCUUCUUAAGCUUGUAAGCCAUUUUAAACAAAUUGUUGUUAAAGAAAGUUAAUUGUUCAUUAAAAUAAAUAUUGGUGCUAUUAGUUUCACCCUGAUUACUUCGGAGCAAACUUGAUUCCAAUUUACGCUUUCUCCUAAGAUUUAAGAAGUGAUUCUUCUGUUCGACAGUUGUAAACUUAGCUAUGAUCAUCGGGCCUGACUUUGUAUCCUUCCUUGAACACUCCGUAAGCUCCUGACCAUCAAAAUUGCAGCCCAACAAAUCAUUUGCCAGUUCCAUGACAACGUUUUUAGGGUUCUCAUUUUUUAUUUUUGUACCUAUAAUUUCCACACUGGUACAGCAAUCUUUGAUUUCUAACUCAUGAACUCUUUUUUCCAGAUCUUUAACCUUUGUCUGUAGUUUAACAUUUUCUUGCUUAACUUCUUUUAGUUCCUUCAGUGGCUUCUGAUUUUUUAGAGUAAGUGCAUCAAAUUUGUCGCUCAAGAAAGUCAUAGACUCCUCAAGUUUCUGCAAUGUUUGCAAUAAAUCCACUGAUAUUCCAGGUACCUGAGUCUCCACAACAUCCUUGGAUGCCUUUGCCAAGCUUUUAGAACAAGGCUGACACUUUACUACAUUGCCCUUCAUAGCACCGCUCUUUUUGGCACAGCUAUCAUGGUAGAAGACUGCAUUGCAUAUACUGCAUUUUACAAAAUCUAUCACCUUUUUUUUGCAAUAAUAGCACAUUUUUUCUACAGGACACAUUUUUUUAUGAUGUUGUGCUAGCAGUCUAAUCAAUUCAGCUGCAAACAAUAAUCAAUGAACAGUUGUUCAUAUAAAAAUAAUGAUAUUGGUUUGUUUAUGUUAUACUGAUAAACAUCAAACUAAAUCUGCAUAUUAUUAAAAACCCAGAGAAUACAAUGCUUUUUUUUCUCAAAUAUUCAAAUGCACACAAAGAAAACGCCAAUACCCUGAAGCUUGCAAUAGGCUUUCACUAAACAAAUUAAUGUUUACGUAACUUUGGCCAACGGAUUAUCAAUCACAAAAACUCGACUCACAAACUGAUACCAAAAAUAACAAUUAAAACAAACUUUGGACCAUUAAAAUUCACCAAAUAUUGACCACGAUUUGGCAAACGAUAUCUUCUUCAACACCGUUUAUUUUGACCUAAAAUAAAUUGCUUUUCAAAUAAGCCAGGGAAAAAAUAAAAACGAUUUUACAAAAUUUCGGUUUUUUCCGAAUAUCUCCGGAAGUAUUCGGAAUCUUUCUAGUUUCAAAACGGCAUUCUAUUGGUCAUAAAAUUACGUAACUUUGCCAUAAUUUAACCGACUCCGUUUAUCUUACGGUUACCGAAAUCCCAAUGAUGAGGCUCGAAUUUGGGCUACCCUGUACAUUUUCGAGCUCUUUUUUUGAGAAAAUAACAAUGGCGAAGACAAAUCACGGCUAACUUGAUGCGUUUAGGAAAUACAGGGCACUUUUCAAAUUUUGCACGAUUUUAGAAGUCCUUCUAAUUUCUUUAUUAAUCAAGAUAUCCAAAAACGAAAAAUACUUUCUAUAGGCAGUUUUUCAAGGAGAAUCCAGUGGCAUGACCAAUUUUUCUCCAAAUGCCUCCGAUUUUGGAAUAUUGACCAAAGUUGUGUUUUUUUUAAUUGGGACACCCCGUAUAUUAUUUUUUUAUUGAAAAGCUCUUUGUGAGCUGAUUUCAAUAAGAUUUUAUACCUUUACCUUCUAUUCUAUAAGUUUUGGAGGAAAAAAAAUUAAUUCCGUUUUUCCAUAAAAAACAAUGAGCUAGAGAGAGAUACACCGGCGUAUCCAGCCCAUGCGUCUGGGGGGGGGGGGGGGGGUAAUCAGCCCAUUUUUUUUCGGGUGCCACGCCCAAAAACGUUUACUUUGAGCCUUCAAAACAUUUUUUUUCUACGAGAGUAAGGACAAUUGAACCCUAUGCUGGAACAACGUUGUAAACGACAAUGUAUAAAAACGGUAUAUCCAUGGAACUAAGUUGUAUGUACCCUGGAUAAUUCGCCAAUAGUGGGGUCAUAGGAUAUUUUUUUUUUGAUGAGUUGUUGAUGCCAUUUCAAAAGGCCCAGUAUGUCCUUUUUGUGGAACAACGUUUUAAGUGCAACCUUGCCCUAGUUUCGCGCUUGUUUGGUAUAUUUGGCGUUUGAAACGUUGUUCCAGCAUAGGGUUCAAUUAAACAGUGCGGAAAAUCGAUUUUCUUGCACGGUGGGGCGAAAUUUUUUCCUCACGGAUAUCGGUGCGGAAAAAUAUGUUCCGCACUGCUGUCAAAAAAAAAAAACAAUAAAUUACUACAAAUUAUGUAGGUAUAUGUACCUACUUAUUUCCGCACGUCUGUAGAAAAACUAUUGUACCUAACACAUGCGGAAAAUCUGUUUUCCGAACUCGGCUGCUUCACAGAAUUCCGCUACGCGUUUUUCGGUGAACGACAGACUCGUGCGGAAAAAUUUAUUUUCCGCGCUUGUUAGGUAAAUAUAUUCUGUACUACCAACAAAUAACGAAACCGAACUCUGAUAGCGAAUUCCAUUGGAAUAAGGGUUAGUGCGCACUGAGUGUAUUUGUGUCCUAUUCUACCAGCUUGUAUAAGAAAGAGAUAGAAAUAAAUUUUUUUGCACUGAUUUUACCAAUGGAAUUCGCUACGAGAUUCGCCUUAAACUUUUUAAUUAUAGUGAAAAGAAAAAUUAUAAAAAAUAGAUUUAUUUGUAAGGUGUAGGGUACAUUUUUUUCGUCCAUUGCAACGAUCUUGGGGGGGGGGGGGGGGUAAUUACCCCCAUUACCCCCCCCCCUUGUAUACGCCGGUGGAGAGAUAAGUCAUUAAAUAAAUUAUGUUUUGCCUAUUUAUCACCCCCGAUUCAUAGUUCAAAUUAAAAAAAAAUUAGUUUCUUGUGGAAAAAACGGAAUUUAUUUUUUUCUCCAAAACUAUUGAAGGUAAAGGUAUAAAAUCUUAAAUCUUAUAUCAUUGAAAUCAGCUCACAGAGAGCUAUUCAACGAAAAAAUAAUAUAUGGGGUGUCCUAUUUGAAGAAAUACAACUUUGGUCAAUAUUCCAAAAUCGGUGGCAUCUGGAAAAAAAUUGGUCAUGCUACUGGAUUCUACUUGAAAAACUGCCUAUAUUCGUAUUUGGAUUUCUUGAAUAAUAAGGAUAUUAGAGUCUUUUAAAAUUCGACAAAAUUUGAAAUUUGCCCUGUAUUUCCUAAACGCAUCAAGUUAGCCGUAAUUUGUCUUCGCCAUUGUUAUUUUCCCAAAAAAAGAGCUCAAGAAUGUGCUCCCAGAUUUUUGAUAUCUCUGCUGGUUUUUGAUAUAGCCCAUUAAAACAUCGAAAAUGGGCCACCCUGUACACUUGGCCAAACAUAAAACUGGUAAAGACAAUAUAUAUUUUUUAAAUUUGCCUAGUGUGAGUCAAGCUUAACAACAAAAGUCAGACAGUUUUUGUCAACGUCAAAGCUGAACAAAAGAAAAUCCAACAUGUUUUUAUGUUAUGAUUGGUUUAAAUAUGACACUGACUUGACUCUUUUGUCAUUGUUAAGGUGAUUAAAAAGGUCGAUUUACAUAAUACAACACAAUAGGAAAAUGCAUACCAGUUUUAUGAUUGGCCAAGUGUACAGUUGUGAGCAUUAAAAAUGGAACACCCGAUUUUUCCUACUGUAAAACGGGCUCACCAUCUACACAGUACACACAAGACAUUAGCCGUACCCCGGUUUUGUCUUUAAAACAAAUGUGGCGGACAUCUUCAACAGCAAAAAGCCAAAAAAAUUGAAAUUUGAAAACUUGAAAUAAAAUUGAAAUCAAAAAAUCAAAAUAAUGUUUCUUGGAAGGUGUCAUUUGGGCAAGAUUCCUCUGCGGAUCAAGGAUCCUAAAGCUCAUAGGUUGUCUGGUAAUUGGGUAACUUUGAUAACGCAUCUGGAGUGCCUUAUGGAGAUUUGCAUUAUGUUGAGGCAUACAGAUGACGUCAUUAAAGUUAUCAGGCAACCUCCUCCUUUCAAAAAAUCUUGUCUGCGGAUCCAACCGUUCGGAAAAUGAACUAGCUCCACCUAGAUAGGUUACUACUCCUUGAACAGCUGGAUACUGUUCGAACCGAUCCUAGAUCAGCAGUGCUUCCGUAAGCAGAACUGAUUCUGAACUAAGUCGAACAAACCUAUUAUAGCAAGAGAUGUCGUAUCGAUAUUUCCUAACUCUAUUAUCGAUAUAAAAAAGCAGUAGAAGCAAAAAAAUAUCGUAUCGAUAGGUUUGAAUAUCAGCCCUUUUCUAGCCUUCAAAUCGGAGACAGUUAUAUCACAGGUUAUAUAUCAUUUUAAAAGUCAUUUUUUUGUGAACCAAAUUUAAAUUUUCAAGCAAAAAUCGUUAAAAAAUGGCUCAAGCUUUUCUAUCGACUUAUCAGAACCAUUACAGAUGGCGCUGGCAGCCGAGACCCCUUCCCUUUAUUCCAGGUAAAUUGACCAAUUUGGCGCUCCAAAAUGACUGCUGGAACUUAAAUUUGAACUUGGACCUUGACGAAGAGUUGGCAAACUUACCAAAAAUCAAACAAGCGAUUUAUAAUUUGUACUUGAAACGUAUGCGCACAACUUACAAAAUCUCCCAUUGCGAAAAUCUAAAACUGCCAAAAAAAUCGUCGGAAACCAACGUCGAAUUCAGCCAUCAGGACGAAUUCGAAAACGAAUUGUUGGAAUACUGUCACAAGUUGUACGGAUCUAAACAUAAAAAACCGAUUCCUCCGCUGAAUACAGCCAGAAAUGUUUUUGGUUACAUGCGGCCGGCAAGGCUGAUGACGUCGUUGACCAGCUACCAAAACGAUCACGGCAAAGUGGCUUAUAAAAUUUUGGUUGACAGUCACAAAGAUGAUUGGAAGAGUUGAGAAGUUGUUUAUUUAUAAUAAAGAUAUUGGAAAUUCCAGUAACAA